AUGUCUUACUUGCUUUCCAAAGAAUUCGGUUGGGAAAACUAUAAAACUUAUUCUGCUGAUAUUCGCAUUCGUGAUGCAUAUUGGAAUCUUAUCAUUUUACAGACUUUGCUUAAAAUGGAUAUAUUCUUUAUUGGUUCUUACGCCUUACAACUUAUACCUUCUCAACGAAUUGGUUAUUAUUCCAAUAUGUCUGAAAAUGAACAAAGUGGAAGUUCUUAUUUAGGCGCUGAAAAUGUGGAAUCUCCUUCUUCAAAACGUACAUCAAAGAGGGAAAGUGCUAUUAGACAACAACAAUUAUUUGCUCAACAACGUGAAAAUGAUAAA